AUGUCGAACAACGGCGCCUACGUGGUGCCCCAGGUAAAGAAGACCGGUACCUCCACAUCAUCAAAAACAGUCUUCCACUUUGCUGCGGGCCUUUGCUCUGGGUUGACCUCGUCCAUCCUCCUCCAACCCGCUGACCUACUAAAAACUCGCGUCCAGCAGUCUGGCCAGGCUGGCGCUCUCCUACCAACCCUCAAAGCAAUCCUAUCCUCUCCAAAUCCAAUCCGCGGCCUAUGGCGCGGCACCCUCCCUUCAGCCCUGCGGACCGGCUUCGGGUCUGCCCUCUACUUCACCAGUCUCAAUGCUCUCCGCCAGACAAUCGCCCAAGCUAAUGCUCCUCUCGUCCUCGCCAACACUACCACUUCCAAGUCUUCCUCCGCUCUCCCAAAACUCUCCAACACAGCCAACCUUGCUACAGGAGCUGUCGCUCGCGUCGCCGCAGGCUUUGUGAUGAUGCCCGUCACCGUGCUCAAAGUCCGCUAUGAGUCCGAUUACUACGCCUACCGCAGCCUUUGGGGUGCCGGCCGCGAUAUUGUGCGCACUGAAGGCUUCCGCGGACUGUUUGCUGGGUUUGGCGCCACUGCGGCCCGUGAUGCCCCCUACGCCGGCCUCUACGUGCUGCUCUAUGAGCAGCUGAAGCGUCGUUUUGCCCUAGUAACCGCCCAGCGCACCAAUGCCGACGGCACCCCCCAGGCUGGCAUAUCAUCCUCAUCCAUCAAUUUCGUCUCCGGCGCGUCCGCGGCUGGCCUCGCGACAGCGAUCACGAAUCCCUUCGAUGCCGUCAAGACUCGCCUUCAGCUCAUGCCUCAAAAGUACGGCAACAUGAUGCGUGCAGUGCGGUUGAUGGUCCACGAGGACGGCAUGCGCAGCCUCUUCGGCGGUCUGGGCCUACGCAUGGCUCGGAAAGCGCUCAGCUCCGCGCUGGCGUGGACGGUGUACGAAGAACUUAUUCUGCGUGCGGAAAAGCGGUGGGCGGCAAAUCACCAGAUAAAUUUAUAG